AUGGAGGACACCCUUCUCAAACACACAAUUGUAGAUUUCGAGGGCAACAAAAAUGCGCUUGACUUGUGGAAAAAAUACGUAACUGAGGAGGUGCUACGGGAUCCCGCCUUUGGGAGGAUCGGCAAAGAGCGCGCCAAAAGGGAAGCCAAGCGGGUCAAAACUUGGUUAAACUUGUGUGGCCAAAAAGUGCACCACUGGAAAGAUCCAAAUUACCUUCCCGAAUGUGAAUUAGAAGAGGUGUCGCCGCAUAAUGGCAGACAGUGCGGUGAAGGUGAAGAGGGGAAGAAGAACGACACGCUAAUCACUGAAAAGAACAAAUGCCCCAACAACAGUUCUGAGGCUUUGAAUUCCCCCCCUAAGCAAGGAAAAAGGACAAAAGAAAAAAAAGAAAAAAAAGCGCUGUUAUCACCGGAGGAGGUGAAGAACUACCUGGAGGAAUUCGAAAAUCUACUGGAAAAGCUGGACCAAGACACGGAACAAUAUUUUAAGAAGCACCAAAAUCAUAAAGACGGUGGAACACAUGGCCAGUGCAUAGUGACGUAUCAAAAUUAUGAAUGCCGAAAAGCACAAGUGACAUACAAAGAGGAAAGCGAUUUCUUCAGAUUUUUUUACUCCUCUGUAUGCUUAAUAAAAGAAAAUAAGGCCCUCAUACCUAGGGGGAAUUAUUUGUACGAGCUGAUACAUCCACAAACGAGUUCGUCCUUCCCAGUGCCAAACAGAUUGAGCUACUAUUUGGUUAAAUUAUACAUAAAUAAUAAAUGGCGUUUAGUCUUUGUACACCUGACCCUACCAUACGAUGAGAAGAAUCAAAUUUUGUCUUGCCCCUCUCUGAAUGAGAAAGAGUUAUGGCCACAUAUUCUCAUGGAGGCUUUGCUAACUUGCUUUCAAAUUUUUCACCUGCCCGAUUAUCAUUUUCACCUCCUCGAGAUGUUAACGGGGCUCAAAUGUAUAAACAAGUCAUACGACUUUAUCCCCUUCGGGGACCACCUACGGGCGGAGAAAUGUUUUUUCAUCCCCUGCGCGGUGCUCUUUGGCAAGAUCAGCGACAUAAUGAGCGUCAAUUGUGGACAUGCUGACGUAGCCAAUUCACACCCCAACUUAAACGAAAAGCAAUGCGCUGAACAUUCAGAGAAAACAACGCACCAAAUACACACUGUGAAGGGAAAGAAUAACACGAGAGCAGAUCUGUGUGUGCUUCCAAACACCCGCUUGUCCUUGAGCAGCUCCCGUCCUAAUGAGAAGCACCCGCACGGACGUUUCUUCUUCCUCAUCUGCUCAGUGGAAAAUGAAUAUAUAAAAAUAAAAUGCGAAGAUGUUACGCCUCUCCAUUGUACAUCCUACUCCGCGUACCAACAGUCUAUGCUUAAAGCAAAGAAGGAUGUUUUCCUCAAAGGGUAUGCUUACAUCAACGACAGGGGAAACAUCCGGAUUAAAGACACAGAACUGGUACCAGUAAAUAUUUUGACUCCCCCGAAUGGUAUUCCUGAGCAGGGACAGGAAGCAGACCAGGGGGCAGAUAAAAAUCUCAAUGCACGUGAUAUGAGCAAGGAACCCCAAGCAGACAAUCUUAGUGAUGCGAAUUGUGACACAUGUGACGUUACGGUGAAUGAAGAGAAUACUCAACAGGUGAUUCAACUAAUUAGAAAAAUUUUAGGAGAUGCUAAGAAUAACACUAAGCGAGCUAAACCAGUCAGCGAGGAAUCGGAUGGCAGGCACCCCAGAAUGGGUACCUCCAAGUCGGGCAAAAAGAACGCCCACAAGGACCUCGACAAAUGGCUGGACGAAGGAGAACUGGAGAUACUUACCCAAAGAGUAAACGUAAACUACACAUACCAAUAUGUGAUAAAAACGAAUGGUAAUAACUUCUUAGCCAAGGGGGAAACGAUUUUUUUCCUCGUCAACAGAACCCACUUCGAAGUUGCGUCCACCAACAGGUAUGCUAAAAACAGAACUGCUCAAAUUCAAGCAACUCAAAAGAAUCAUGGUAAAGUUAAGCUGAAGAAAAAAGACAGCAGUAGUGACCCUUUGUCAAGUGUUUCUGACGCUACACAGGAGGAGAGCUUUCCAUAUCUUAUGCUCAUUUGUUCCGUCUGCAUCAAUCGGAGUGGAAGCAACUCCGAGUUGUCACCCCGUGCUGACGAUAUUAAAACGCACAAUGGGCCAUAUGGGCCAAGUAGCAGCAACGGCUGUACCAAUUCUAAUGAUGUAUUUGAAGGGCCAAAUGAGGAAGCUUUAUCUGACGGGCUGCACGAAUUUUGUUUUUCCUUUUUUUCCUGCAAAGUUGGAAAGAGGAAAAGGUGCACAGGGGGGGACAUCAUGGUGCGAAAAAGGAGCGAGACAAAGCGCCCUAUCUUCAGCCACGCUGAAAAACGCCAAGGGGGACUUCUCACAUUGUUCACAUCAACACUGGGCCGUGUCCCAGAAGGAAUAGUUACCGAUGGAAGUAGCGGCUGUGGUUGUGGUAACUCCGGUCUUCACUCAGGGGAAGAAAAACACGCGAUGCUCUCCCCAAAGGACAUCCUCAACUUCGAGUGCUUCGUUAGGAAAAUAGGCGAAGAGAGACUCACACGAAAUGAGGAUGCAACAGGGGGAGAUAAAGAGGACAGGGAAAGCAACCCCGCCUGCUUCUUACCUGCAAACCUUUUUCUAAACAACUGCGGACACGACCAAUGGAAGGAUUACCACUUUGAUGAAGAAAUUCAAAAACGGAAUAUACACCUGAGGGGGAACAUGGAACAUUUUUUCCUUGUGUAUGUGAAGCGCAGCAAGAGGGGCGACUUCUCCGUUGAAUGGCUCGAGGGAAAGAAAAAUAAAACAAAACAUGGGGGACCCUCAGAACAGGCAAAAAAAUCGGAACACACACAAAAUAGAAGCAAUGCGCUACAUUCGCCAAGUGAAGAAGGAUUGAUUAAGUGCUCCUUUAUGAGUGUAGAAGAAUAUUUUGAAAAAAAAUUAAAAAUGAAAAUGGCGUUUUUAAAAAAGAAAUUGAAUAUAGGGAAGGAAUGCCCGAUCAAGGUACUGCUAAAAUAUACAGUGACGAUCCCUCAAGUGAGCAAUUUACGUGAACCAUUUUUUUAUGUAAUUCCUAAAGCGAACGAUUUAAAAGUUAUGCCCCAUUUGGAUCUAUACAUUUGUAACGUAACAAAAUGGAAGGGAAUUUUUGAUGUGCAAAAUGGAAAGGGAAGGAAAAAAAAAAAAAAAAAAAAAUCGGAAAAAAAUGAGAACAUUACAGAACAGGGAGAUGAAGAUGAAGACGAGGAGAAUGAAGAAGAGGAUUCCCACAACGGAAUGAAAAAACUUUUUUACAAAAUUUCGAUGGAAAAUUUUAUUCACAAAAUUUGCAUUCCUCCAUGUGAUAAUGAUGACGAUGAGGCUAAGGACGAAUGCACGUACCUAUUUCUCGUCGUUUCAAAAAAGGCAGAGAGGCUAAUCGGAAAGGACCUCCAUUUUGAGGUAACCAUUGCUGCCCCGUCUAGAGAGAAAGACAUCUCCUGUGAAGAAUACACAAAGAGGAAAAAGACAAACAUACGGGUUAAUGAAGUUUCGUCGUUUUGCAAAAUGUAUACCUUCAACCACAACGGUGAAAACAUUAACCUGGACGUAAAGAAUGACUUUCAAAAGGAGAAUACCUCAGGAGGGGUUGAUCCAAAAAAUGGUAACGCCACAGUGGAGAAAAACUACAGUGAAUUGCCCCCAUCUGCAGAAAAAAAAACCAACCAAACACAAGUAGAGAUAGACACCCUCCAACUCACCACGUACAAGUGUCAAAAGAAAACAAAAAAAUUUAAAUUAAUAAAAACAAUCACCAUCAAUGGUAGGAGCGACAGAACAUGGGGCUCCAUUUACGUGGACCUGAACAAUCCCCAUUUAUUCAAAAAUAUUGUCGUCAAAAUAUUAAAAAUAAAACGAAAAAAAAUUACCCAUGAGAAAUGUGCAAACCUGAAUUUUAUUACAAACAACUGGGGAAGAAAAAUUAUCUUAAAGAGGAGAAGGAAGAAAAACGUUUUUUUUAAGCACGUUGAAUUGGCCACCAGCGAUUCAUACCUCCUUCAGGUGGAGGUAAAUAUGUUUAGCGACACUGCCCAGGAGCGGUUGAACAAGGACAGCUCACCGGUUUGUCUUCCGCAAAAUGGAAACAAAAUAAGUCAACCAUCCUCAAAAAACUAUUCCUAUGCUCAUCCAGAUGUUCUAGUAAACGUUUUAUUAAACUUCUCUGACGAUGUUACCCUCGAGGACGACACUUCCCACGAAGACGUAGAAACCGAAAUGAAGAAAUUUUUUGACGUUGCUACAAUGAAUUUAGAAAAUCUAACAUUGGAUAGCCAGGCCAAUCAUAAGGACAAUAUUUUUUCUCUUAAAAAUGAUCUGCUAUUUCAUUAUCGAGGCAAUUAUUACGAAAUUUUUAGGAGCCUCUCAAAGGUGUGUAGUGGUGACAUGCCCCCAAGCGCCUUAUCUGUGGGGGAAAACUGUCACACAUGUGAUGGAAAAGGAAAGAAGGACAACCAGGAGACUUACAAUUGCGUUUACCACUUGAAUGAUAACGAAUAUGAUGACCUACUGUGUACGAAAAAAGCGGAAGAAACCUCCAAUAUGGAACCAUCCUUGAGCAAAGAACACUUUUUUCAAGCCCUGUCCUCCGUUUUAAAUUUAUCCAAAGAGACAUCAGCCUAUGUAGAGUCAAAACUUGUUCCCCCCCGAAGCGACAUGGUUGGAAGAAGCUCCUUCGCACAGAUGCUCCAAAAAGUAGGGACAGAAACACAUUGCCUCACCUUUGGUGCACCUGAGAACGGGGAUAAGCUGGACAAGUUUGAAAAGUACCCAUUCGCCAAGCUGCUCGAUAUCCCUCCGAACAUUAACAGGGAAGAAAAAAAGCACAAGGCGGAUGACCCCAUGAGCAAAGAGUUCGAAGACUCUUUUAAUAAUUUCCUUUCCCUUUCCACGGACGUAAAAAAAACCAUCGAUGAUGUUAAGGCCACCUACAAUUUAAAAAACAAAAUGGACCUUUUCAAAAUAAAAAUGGAUGCAGAACUACAACUGACGGAAAACACCUUCUACUCCCUUGGAGGUAAAAUUGGAAACAUCACCAGGACCCUUGUUAAAAAAAAUUGUGCCAUUUUAAAUAAGACAAAAAAUGGUACACAUAACCCCAAGCGGAAUGAAAAACUAACACACGGUCUCAACAACGGAGGGGGUUACCUUCUAGAAGAGAACCUCAUCCCAAGCCCCGAUGAAGAACAAACGAAUCGUCAUGGUAAUAAGGGAACAUUCUACAUUCAGCAAAAAAUAGACCCCCCAAUUGAAAACCUGCAGGAUCUCAUAAACGUCCUCAAAAGGGUAAAAACCUCCAUCCAGCUAAAUGACACAAAAAAUAUGAAACUGAAAAAUUCCAAAAUGAUAAGAGAGAGAAAAGCCUUCAUCGAAAAUAUAAAAAAUAGCCUAAAGACCAAGAGGUUUAAAAAUCAUACCACAGAAGAACUGAAAGAUAUAUACCACAAAGGAGCUGAAUUAAAAUUACAUAUUUACAACCCCAAUCUGAUGAAGUACAUCAAGACGCAUUACCUCCUCCUACACAGACUAAAUGACAUGAAGGCCCGUAUUAACGCCUCCAAAUUAAAGAAAAUGAAAAUGACGACCAAUGAAAAGGAAACGUUCAACGUAGAAAGAGCAGUGACGGAUAAAAAAUUAUUCAUGCAACUAUUCCGCAACUGCACAGAUGUGAUUAAAAAUGAUACUCAAAUUCAAUUAAGUGAUUCAUAUAAGAACCUAUAUAAGGAUGCUCAACAAAUUUUUAAUAAAAUGACAGAAGCCACACAGAAGGAAAAGGAAGAAGCUUCAUAG